AACGCUCUCGGCUUCUCGCAUCUUUGUAGAUAUUUCGCGCGGUUUUUGCGAACUUCCACAGAUUAUACAUAAUGACAGUUUUAUUUUUUACACAUGGCCAAUUGCUCCAAUUGAAUUAAUCGAUUGUAAUCGAUGUAAAUUAAGUUCUGUCUCUUUAGAUAAUGGUAUAAUGGGGGCCAUCUACUAGCGCACAAUUGAAGUGUUGAUUAUCUAACACUUGACAGUGCUAUUAAAGGGACGUGUUUGACGAAAUAGUCAUUGUUUGUGCCUGGACGCCGGUGAGACAUGUCGGCACGCACGAACAUUCUCCUGCUGGUGACCGCCGCGCUGGUGGCGGUGGUGGCUGCUGGUGGGCUGGACUGGUACGAGACGGCCCUCGUCUACCAAAUCUACCCGCGCUCCUUCAAGGACAGCGAUGGCGACGGUAUCGGAGACAUCAAUGGUAUAACAUCAAAGCUCCCGUAUCUGGCGGACCUGGGAGUGGAGGCGAUAUGGCUGUCGCCCAUCUUCCUGUCCCCGAUGUACGACUUCGGCUACGACAUAUCUGACUACCGCCAAAUCGCGCCCGAGUACGGAACCAUGGAUGAUUUCGAGAACCUUCUCGCCGAAUCCAAGAAACUGGGUGUGAGAGUAAUAUUGGACUAUGUGCCCAACCACACGAGCAAUGAGAGCGACUGGUUCGUCAAAUCUGUCCGCAAAGAACCUGGCUUCGAGAAUUACUACGUGUGGGCUGAUGGGGUUAAAGUCAACGGCACGCUGCAACCGCCUAACAAUUGGAUCUCGAUCUUCCGCAAGAGUGCGUGGGAGUACAACGCGACGCGCGGCCAGUACUACCUGCAUCAGUUCGUGAUCGGCCAACCCGACCUCAACUACCGCGAGCCUAAGGUCCAGCAGGAGAUGAAGGACGUGAUUCGCUUCUGGCUGGACAAGGGUGUGUCUGGCUUCCGCGUGGACGCAAUCAACAUGAUGUACGAGGUGGAUCCAAAGGACUACGGCGGUCGCUUCCCUGACGAACCACUUUCAGGAGACCCUAACUACGGCCCAGAAGACUACGAAUAUCUCGAUCACAUAUACACCAAGGACCUAUCUGAGACUUAUGACGUAGUAUUCGACUGGAGAGACGUGUUUAACGAGUACAUAUCUAAACAGGGCGAGUACAAAAUCAUGAUGACCGAAGCGUAUGCUGACAUAGAACUGAUGAUCAAAUAUUACGGCGAUGGCAAGAGAAACGGAUCCAUUCCGUUCAACUUCGCCUUCCUUGGGGAAAUUAACAACCAGUCCAACGCACGAGACAUCAAGCUGGUCAUAGAUAAAUGGAUGACUUAUAAACCUGCUAACCAGCCUGCUAACUGGGUGAACGGUAAUCACGACCAGAGCCGCAUGGCGUCGAGACAGGGCACCGACCGCGUCGAUGCCAUGAACAUGCUGGCUCUACUGUUGCCGGGAGUCACCAUCACAUACCAGGGUGAAGAACUCGGGCAGACCGACGGUUACGUCAGCUGGGAGGAGACAAAAGACCCCCAGGCUUGCAACACCGAAGACCCCAUCAACUAUUGGAAGAAGUCUCGCGACCCCAACAGAACCCCCUACCAGUGGGACACCAGCAGGAACGCUGGGUUCUCCAACACCACUGGGAAGACCUGGCUACCUGUCGCUGACAACUAUCUAACCCUGAACUUGGCGGUGCAACAACAAGCUGCCAACAGCCACUAUAAGUUCUACAAGGACGUAGUACGCAUAAAGAAGUCCCCGGCUGUGCGCAAUGGAGACCUGGAUACCAGAGCCCUGUCCACCUCCGUACUUGCAGUUACUAGAUUGCUGCCUGGAGCUCCCGGUAUAGUGGGUAUUGUGAAUCUGUCUGACGAAGACCAGAACGUGGAUCUGUCAUCUCUACGUCUGCUGUCUUCUCAACUGCAAGUUAUUGCAUCCGGUGUUGAUUGCAAGCUUCAGAAAGGGGACGCUGUCAACAAAUCCAAUGUGCUGGUCUCCGCACACUGUGCCAUCGUCCUCCAAACCAUAAACAACUGCUGUUGAUCAAACACUUCUAAUCGGAAAACUUUCAAAUUAGGAAUUAUCUUUCUUUCCUUCUUAUUUUUCCUAAUUAUUCUCAAGAUGUAGGUACACUAAUGUUGUUAAAAAUAAAGUGAUUGUAUAUUA